AUGAGACGUUGGCUCGCAGUUGAAUCGGGACCGACAUUCGACGAGGUUCCACUAGAAAAUGCAAUUCUUGGAUGUGGCCCUAAUAGUUUACAUAUCUAUGACAGGGGAAUAGUCAUGGGACCAAUACCGUAUUGGGACAUCACGUUACAUGAGGACACAUUCACUCUUGUACGAGAUGAUAUUAAUGAUGAUUCCGGCGAAAAAUGCAAUCGCUUUCCGAUCGCCAUCGACUCAGCUAAGCGAGUAUUCGCACGUCUUCGUGAUGACCACUCUUUGGUAGUGUAUAACCCCGACACAAAAACAUGGCGACCAUAUUAUCUUGCUCCAGGGUCGCAUCUAAACCUAGACAGGCUGAAUGUGCGAGGCUUGCAUGAAUCAUUUGGAAGAGCUGGGCGCAGAGUUGGUGCAGUUGAAUCUCCACUUACGGUAUACAGUGACGGACCAGUGAUUGUGGCAAGGAUGAAAGCUGGGCGAAGACAAUUUUUCUAUCGAGUUACUUUUGAUCAUGAGAAAUGUGAAUUUCUGUGCGAACAGCGUGGAUGGGCACGCUUCUCAGGAGGGGUAGAUCAAAUGUUCUACACUAUUGUCGGAGAAAACUCUCUCAUUUUGAUUGGCAUACGAGCUGUUGCUAUUGCUCCAUUGCAGCCACCCACACUAGUGGAAUGUGCUUUGAUGUCUUUGCAAGACCGACAUUGUAAAAAGGAUAGUACGGGUGCUCGAAUGGGAGGUCUUACGCCUGAGCAAGUCAAGAAAAUGGUGAACUACCGUGGAACAUCUCUUAUUCCUGUCUGA